AUGGCGACUGAGGUUCGGGAGGAGCUGGAAAGAGUGUCUGCAGAAACAUUCUGCGACAUCGUCGAGAGCCUUCGAGGCAACGGUAUCACAGAGGAGGAACUCCAGGCGCUUUUGCGAGAAGUUCCCACCGACGGCCAAGGCCUGCUGAGCUGCCGGCAGCUCGUCCGGCAGCUCGUCCUCCGCCUUCAGAGUCGCCACACUCGCGAUCCAGCGCGCGUGGGCACGGGCCCGCUGAGCCGGGCCUUCGGGCGCUGCUUCCCGGGUCGCCCCAGCGAGCCUGGAGAGGUUGACCAGGUUGUUGCCGAUGAGGAGUUCUGCCACAAGUACCUGCCGAUCGCGGGCGAGGGCCAGGUGAGCUUCAGGGACCUCGAGGGCUCCCUGCCGAAUCGCGCGCAUCAGGAGGCAAGCGAGACGCCUGGGGAAAUCUGCUGCCCUGCACUUCCGCGGACCACUGAGGCAAAGGAGUACGACUUAGCUGACAAGAGCAAGCUGGCAGACUUCCUCGAAGAUGCGGACAUCCAGCUGGGCGGCCCGGGCAUACGGAGGAUCUCCAAGGAUGCUCUCCGCAUCAUCGUCAGGAACCUCAAAGGCGACCGUUUCACCGUGGACAUGCUCCAGGCAGAGACUGUUUGUGUGGCCAGUUGCGCUUCUACCCAUGACCCCGGGCGCCAGGGCAUCCUGCAAGAGGUUGAUCCCGAUGGCGAGGGGCUGCUGAGCUGCGAGGAGUUGGCACGCUGCCUCCGCCGUCCGGCUCCGGCUCCAGAGCCGCAAGAGUCCAAGCGCUUCGACCUGGCGCAGAAGCAGGGGCUCGCGGACUUCCUGAAAGAGGCGGACAUCCGCUUGGUGCGAGCCCACUUCAUUUGGAAGCUGCACCGGGAAGGGCAGCGUCUCCCGCGGCGCCAGGAAGCGGAGUCCGCCUACGUCGAAAGCCACACGGCACUUGUCACGCACGAGGAGGUCCAAGCCUGGGCCGAUGGCAAGGCGCCUGAAGGCACACAGAUAGUCUCGCUAUCCCACUGCUGGGAGUCGAGGGAACACUGUGACCCCUACGGAUACCAGGUUGCCAGGCUAGCCAAGGCUCUUACGGGAAAGGAAUGGCUGUUCAUCGAUUAUGUAUCCUUGUAUCAGUUCCAGCGACUCUCCCAGAAGCAGAAUGUCAGCUUCGGGCGUGCGAUGCAGCACAUGCACGUGCUGUACUGCCACGAGAAAUCAAGUACGCUCCGAAUCGAGUCUUUGACACCGGAAGCGGACAUUGCAGCAGCCGAGCGAAAGCAAGAAUGCCUGAUGAUGUAUCACCACCCCACCGGCCUGGUGAAACCAGUGCCGGUCACUGAAUUGGUCAAGAACCGAACGCCGUACAAGCAGCGUGGGUGGUGUGCCGCUGAGAGGGAGUGGUCUAGUACUCGAACGGACACCAACCUUUCGCGUGAAGUAGAUGCCCCGGAAGGCGAGAAGGGGGGAAUCGCCCCGAUGGUGCCAGAGGCAUUUCGACAGAGCGUCGCCAACCAACUUAAAUUCACGCAUGUAGAUGAUGUAGAGACCGUCUGCAGAUUGCAAGCGGAAGUGUACAAAGAGAAGGCAGAGAUGUGCAAGAGCUUACGGCUCGUAGAUUUGGGCGCGGAAGCCCUCGACAUCGCCCUGUCGGGCCUCGAGCGCUACCCGGUGCUGGAGAGCCUGGAGAUCGUCCACUGCGAGCUCCGCCCCAAGCUCCCGCUACUGCUGAAGGUCCUGAAGGAGAACAAGCUCCCACAGCUCCACCUGCAGCACAACGAGCUCUUUGAGGAGGGCACGCUCCAGGUCGUUGAGGCCUUGGCUUUGCAGCUUGCGGCACUGAGCGUUGGCCACGACCGCAUGGGCGUCGCUGGUGUCAAGGCUUUGGCAGAGGCAGUCAAGCAGAAUCACACCCUGAAGCAGCUGAGCCUUGCGGGAGCCAAACUCGCGCUCCUGGCGAGCCAGCUCCAGCUCCAGCUCGAUCUGACGGACAGCGAUUUGGGCAACAGGGUCGACGUGGCAUUGGCCAGGGCCCUCCGGACCGGCCAGGUGAAGGGCACCGUCACCCACCCAGCCAUGGAGUUCCUGUGCAUGUUGGAGGACGAAGAAUUCAAAGAGCUCGAGGAAGCGCCGCAGAAGCUGGAGCUCGAUCUCAGCGACUUCGGCGGAGGGCGCGGAGCCGAGAGGUUCCGGCGGCUCUUCGGACCGCUCUGCCGGGCGCUGCCGUGCCUCCCGGAAGCGCUCCGAGAGCUGGUGCUCGACCUCCGCGGCCACGGCGACGCCUUCGGCGCUGCCGGGGCCCGGGCCCUGGCCGCGGGGGUCCGGCACGAAAAGGAGCUGCAGACGCUGACGUUGUGGCUGGGUGGCAACUCCGUGGGCGACCAGGGCACAGAGGCCUUGGCCUCCGCCCUCCGCGAGCUGACGCAGUUGAAGACGCUCGUGUUGUGGCUGCACGAGAACAAGAUCGGCCCGGGAAUAACCGGGCUUCUGCCGAUGUCCAACACUCCCAAAUCUCUCUACCCGCAGAUUCUACCCGUGAAGUGGCGGGCCCCGCCUCUCCGGCCCGAGGCCCAGUCGGCGCCGCGGCCGUGGCCGAGAGCCUUCGAGCGCUGCGGCAACUCAAAAAGCUCAGCAUUGAUCUUCAGAACAACGCGGUCGGCCCGGGCCUCGUGCGGUGGCUGGGCUGGAGAUGAAGUGGCCUUGGGCCUUGGGGUCAUCCUGCUGGCCUGCAUUUCGCACAAACCACGCCCCAACCUACACUGCCCGAAGUCUGAGGAGCCGGGUUUCUGCCGAUGUCUACACUCGCAGAUUCUUAGCUGGCCCCUGUCUCCCGGCCGAGGCGAUGCCGGCGCCACCUUUGUGGUGGAGAGCCUGUCUGAGCUGCAGCAGCUCACAGACUUCACAGUUUUUCUGCAAGUCAUCCGGCUCUUUGUGGUGGAAAGCAACCGGCUCAGUCCGGGCCUCGGGCGAGAUGAAGCGGCAUCUUCGUCCUUGCCACUCGCAAACCCCACCGGCCCAGGCGAGGAGGUGCGGCAGAAGCUCUGGGCCCGCUUGGAAGCACUGCCGGCGGCCAGGAAGAGGAUCGAGCUUUGA